AUGCUGGUCGCAUCUGACGCUUAUUUCUUAGCCAUUGAUGUCACCGGUGGUAUACUACUGGUCUGUGGCUUCCUAUUCAACCUACUUGGUUUCCUCCUAUUCCGCCAAGUAAAUAUUCGUUCUGUUGCUUCUCGUUAUUUGCUCGCGGCACAGUACAUGUUUGACGCGGCCGGUUGUAUAGUGAUAUUUCUUUAUCUUAUCACUUACAACCUGGACAUUGUUCGCGCGCGCUUUGUCUACACAUGGUUCUGUUCGAUUUGGCUGAGCCAUUAUCUGUUCUGGUUGGCGAACGGUCUCAGUGCAACCAAUAUGGUACUACUCUCACUUGAUCGAUAUUGGGCAGUGGUUUGGGCCAUAUCUUAUCCGAAAAAACCCAAACACUACGUUCCCGUACUGGUUGGAGCCACGUGGAUUUUUUCCAUUGUUUUUACCAUCCCGUUACUUCGAAACAAUAUGUGCUUUCCGACUGUGUUGAAUGGGACUAUUCAACCGUUUGAGACGGAUCCCAAUCUGAAUGUGAUCGGUUUUGUUUUCGGCUAUGCGAUUCCCAGUUUGGUACUGUGCGUUUUACAAUUUCGCACUCUGUUCGCGAUUAGACGUUUGAAACGGUCCUGUAAUCUGACCAGACCGGACCAGGACAAUGCCAGUUUGGAUCCAAAUCUGCUGGUCAUUUCGGUGGCAACAACCAUACUGACAACGGUGUAUUCUGUCAGUCGGGGAUACACUCAGUUGAUUGCUCUCAUUCGUUCAUUUGGUGUUCACAUUCACGUGUUUGAAGGUGACUGGGAACGACCGUAUUACAUUGUGUACGGAUUGAAUUUUUUGGUUGAACCACUAGCUCUCACCCUAUCUAUGCCCAGUGUACGAAUGCUGAUCUCUAAGCAAUGGAGGGCAGUGUUUAAAUCAAAACAGAACUCGAAUGCAAACUAA